GUCAAUAAAAUAAGAGUGUUAAUAUUUUAUAGAGCAAAUUUUAUUUAAAUUAAUUAUCAACUUUUGAGUUCUGAAUUAAAAAAAAAAAAAGAAAAAUUGUUAUAUGACGUCACACUUGUCCUUCAAUUUCAAGAGCUUUCAAUUACAUUUUAGUUGUGCCUAUAAAUAUGAUGUUGUUUUUAAAUUUAUUAAUAUUUAUUUUAUUAAUUGUAACACAAACAUUACAAAUAUUUGGUGCACGUAAUCGUUUUACAUUUUGUUCGAAUGAAGAAAUUUAUAAAAUUGGUACUAAAACCGUAUGCGAAUAUUUAUUUAUUCGUAAACCGGUUUCAUGUUUAAAUCCAAUACAAGUGAAUACUAAAGCCUAUAUUAAUUGCCGUUAUGGUUAUGCAAGUAAACAAAAUAUAAGUGAACAAAAAAUUGGAUGUACAUAUUCUGGUAAAUGGUCUGAACCACCAAUGGAAUGUGAAGAUGUUUGUGAUGGCACACCAAAUCAAAUUACGUUGGGUCUCAAAGAUAAAUGGUAUAUUGAAAUGAAAGGAAUAACAACAUCCUGUCCUGGAAUAAUAUUAAAUGCGAAAAUAUUAUUAACAACCGCUAAUUGUGUUCUUGAAUAUCGUCCACAUGAUCUACAAUUGGAAACUGUUGAACCCGAUCCACAAACAUUGGUAGUUAGAGCAAUGCACUAUGAUAACAGGUUAACGAAACGUAAUGGACGAUAUGAUGAUGAUGCGCUUGCAAUAGUAGAAUUGGAAAAUAAUAUACUCUAUGAUCCGUAUGUGAUAUCCGCUUGUAUUGAUUAUAACAUUGAACCAUUUGGCCGACAACAAGAAUUCAUAAGAGAAAAUUUAGAAAAAUUUAAAGCAACAAAAACAUUGGAUUACUCUUUUAUAAAAAGUCCAUGUGCACCAGAACAUUUUAUGAAUGUUGUUCAAAAUGAAAAUGCUGUUGAAUUCAAUUGCUUCUUAGGUAGUCGUAAAAUACCAUGCGAUAAACCAUUAGAACAAGGAUCAAUAGUAAAAAUCAAUUGUAAACUUGGCUAUCAAAAAACAAAUUUUCAAAGUCCCGAUGAAAUAAAAUGUGUUUCAGAGGGGAAAUGGGAUCGUAAAGUUGAUCAUCAGUGUGCAUUAAUAUGUGGUCAACUUGAUAUUGAAAAACCAAAUAUAAUACCAUUAGUUUCAAAUGGGGAAUCAAUUGAUAUUGUUAAUGUACCAUGGCAUGUUGGUAUUUAUGCAAACAAUACCGGUACUGGAAAAUUUGAACAAAUUUGUGGUGGUACACUUGUACAUUUUAAUAUUGUUAUAUCGGCAGCACAUUGUUUUUAUAAUGAAGAACAACAUAAACAAAAUCCUAUUUGGGAUUACAUGAUUGCAUCUGGUAAACGUUAUCGUGAUUAUAAUUCAUUUGAAAGGCAUGCACAAUUUGUUGCUGCUAAAAAAAUUCAUAUACCUACAACUUAUAAUCAGGCUUUUUUUCGGCAUGAUAUUGCAGUAAUUGUUUUAGAACGAAAAUUAAUGUUUAAUGAUCAUACAAGACCAGCAUGUAUUGAUUGGUUUCCAUAUGGUAAAUAUGAUAUUGAAGCAAAUAAAUUAGGACGGGUUGUUGGUUGGGGUGCUACAUCACCAGACAAAAAAUCUAGUUCAAAACUUUUAGCAAUUGAAUUGAAUACAUUAAGUAAUAGUCAAUGUAAAGAUAAAGUUAAUCGAAAUAAUAGAGAAGAAAUAACUGGUGAAAAAUUUUGUGCAGUUGGUUUUAGAGGUGAAUCAGCAUGUCAGGGUGAUAGUGGCGGCGGUUUUCUUGUUAAAAAACGUUAUAAUUAUGAUGAAGAUCGUUAUCAUUUAUGGGGAAUUGUUAGUUCUGGUAUUGAUUCGGAUAAACAUUGUACACCAAACUUUUUAACAACAUAUACAAAUAUUCAAUAUCAUCAAGAUGUCAUAAAAUCUAUAAUUGCAGAUAACAUAUAAAUAUAAAUGAUUAAAAAAAUUUUGAAAAAAUUUUUAUAGACUGAAAAUCACGGUAAUUCUAAUGAAAAAAGAAAAGAAAAAACUCGAAAUUUUAGAUUUUGGGAAGAACUAUUCUAGAUUUUCAACAUUUUGAAAUUUCUUAAUAAGAGUGGAAUUGAAGUUGUUAUGUGUUUUGAGCUCUAGAUGCAAUAUUGGGAAUAACAGUUUCAAACUACGCUAUAAUAUUCACUGAUAUUAAUGUUGUAUACGCUCAUUGAUUACUGAUUAAGAUAUUAUAUAACAUUAGUUACUCGUAGAUUAUCGUGAUAGAGAUUGAUUAGAUAUUAAGUUACUCAAAAAUGAAUAAGUUAUAAUUAAGUUUGAGUUUUAAAUUUUAUGUAAAGUGAAUUAUGUAUAUAAAUAUAGAAAUAUGACAAAAUUUAUUAAUAUAAUACCAUAGUAGACUAGAAUUAUAUGUUUAGGCGAAUAGUACUUUUUAAAUAUUGAAUAUUAAAAUAAAAUUAAAGAACACGUUUUCUAAAUU